AUGGUUCAUGAGACAGAUUUUGAAGAUAUUACCAUAAAUCUCGAUAAGUUAAACUCUUUGAUUGUUUCCAUGGCUGAAGUUCUUUUUUUUACAGGUAUGGAUGUACUUCUUCUAAUCAAAGCAUGUAAUUUUGCAGCUGAACGUCAUAGUUUACAGAGACGAAAAGAUGUACAACAAACACCUUAUAUCAACCAUCUAAUUGGUGUUGCGAAUAUUUUGACGAGCGAAGGUGGUGUAACAGAUUGUGCUACGAUAGCAGCAGCGUUACUGCAUGAUACUAUCGAAGAUACUGCGACUUCAUCUCAGGAAAUUGCUGAAUUAUUUGGAGAAGAGAUAAGUCAAAUUGUUCAAGAAUGCUCUGAUGACAAAAGCCUAUCAUCUCAAGUACGAAAACAACUACAAAUUGAAAAUGCUGCAACGCAUUCUUUCAAGGCAAAAUUAGUUCAGCUGGCGGAUAAACUUCAUAAUUUACGAGAUUUAGAACGUGCAACACCUGUUGGAUGGAAUUCAGCAAGAAUAAAAGAAUAUUUCCUAUGGUCAAAAUUAGUUGUAUCUCAACUGAAGGGAACAAAUGAAGUUUUAGAAGCUGCUAUCGAUGACGUUAUUAAUAGAAACCUGUGUAAAUUUUGA